UGGCAGUGAAGAAACGCAGAGCUACUGCAACAGUGGACUUUAUUAGACGACAGCUAAUAAUCCAUGAUGAAGGCAUAUCUCUUUCUCCUAUGUUUCAUAGGUGUUGUUCCAUCCAUCCCAUCUCUGCUGCGACCUGUUGCUCACAAGUAUUAUCUGAUAAGGACACAGAUGACAUGGCCAGAUGCACAAAACUACUGCAGGGAAACAUAUGAUGACUUGGCUACGAUUGAAAAUGAACUCGACUGGAUACGUCUAAAGGCAGAAGUGAUAAGGGAAGGUCUGACAGAUGUUGCCUGGAUCGGCUUGUACAAUGAUAUCGACAGUUGGCGCUGGUCCUCUAAUGACCUCCCACUGAAAACUACAUUUCAUCAGUGGAACACUGGUGGGGGACAGCCUGAUAAUAGUGGUGGGCAUCAAUCAUGUUGUGCAACGGGCCCAUAUGGACAUUGGUGGGAUGAUCCCUGCACUGAUCUGUUUCCCUUUAUAUGCUACAAUGCUGAUAGCACAAAUGCUGCCAGAUAUAUCGGUGUCGAUUCUCGAUUAAGCUGGCAUGCAGCUCAGGCUUACUGCCGAGAGUUUCAUACAGAUUUGGCUCUUAUAACCAGUACAACAGAAAACAGCGAAAUGCAGAAAAUAGCAUAUGCCUGA